AUGAAGCGGACGAUCCAACUGCGUCGCCUGUUGCAAUCAGACCUUCGCUGCUCACUCAGGGUUCAGCAAGACGCACGUCUCUGGAUAGCGAUGAUCGAAAUGUUAAAACAAGCCGUCCAACCAAUUUCUCAUCAUCUACAGGGAGACCUUCACACAUCAAAAGAGUAUCAAUAA